AUGGUGGAUGACAGUGGAACAGAUGAAGAGAUCCCUUUGCCCAAUGUGAAGACGGCCAUCCUCAGCAAGGUCAUUGACUAUUGCAAGUACCAUAAGGACAGUCCCCCGGAGGAGAUUCAGAAGCCUUUGAAGAGCACCAACUUAGUUGAGUGCGGCGUCUCCGAAUGGGACAAUGAGUAUGUGAACAUCGAACAGGAGGUGCUCUUUGAGCUGAUCUUGGCCGCAAAUUACCUGGACAUCAAGAGCCUCUUAGACGCUUGGUGGGAUUCCGGAGUGGAGGACGGCAAGAGGAUCCACGUGGUUUUGGUAUGGGAGGGAAACAAGGACUUGACCUGUGCCAAGGUAGCCUCCAUGAUCAAGGGCAAAAACACUGAGGAGAUCCGCAAGCAAUUCAACAUCGUGAAUGACUUCACACCUGAAGAAGAAGCACAAGUGAGGGAGGAGAAUCGCGACCUGGGAGGUCUUUGUGUGGCGCUCCGAUCCAUUUCUUCGCGCACGGAACAGCUGGAGGUCAAGGUGACCACCAAGAGCAAGGCACCGGUGCUGGAUACCGUGGGUAUGCAGGGCACUGGGCCGUGUGGGUGA